ACAUUCAAAACAAACCAUUUCAUUUCUGGCUGAACCUGAAUUUAUCAAUUGUUAUGCGCAUUAAGGGGGUGGUACCCAUUGAAAUAUGGCUUGGGUGUCCUUUGGAUCACAUUUGUGUGCCAGAAAGGAUGUUUUUCACAAGGAAAUUUCGACAUAAGCAUCAAUGAUUUUGGAAUAGAGCAAGGGGUAAUAGAAUCAGAUGGUUAUGGUCAGCUAACACUUUGGUUGAGAAUAGAGCUAGAAGGUGAUGAAGUUUAUAAACCAGAUAGGCUGGCAGGGAUACAAACCAUCAAUCCAAUAUUCUAUCUCUCCAAUGAUGAGGAUAUCUUGCCCGAAUUGGAUAAACGGGUGCCGUCAUGGCCCACAUCAUUCAACAGCUUGGAGGAGAGCUCUGACCAUUCCACACUCAUUCAGCUUGAUGCCCCAGAUUUCCAUAUGGUUGAUGUUCACACCAAUGCCUCAGAUCAUAAGUAUUGUGGACCUGUGUAUUUGGCUGUCAUAGUAGACUCCAAGGAUGUUAUUCCUGAGAGCAAUGAGGACAACAACAUGGCUGUCAUUCCAAUCACUGUUUUAUGCUUUGGAGAUGUAUUUGCACUUGGUGAUAGUUCAUUGGAUGUGGGUUAUGGUCAGACAGAGAUGUAUCGUGGGGUAGAAUACACAGUCACGCUCGAUACAACUAUUUAUAAUAUAUACUCCUCUGAUCUUACAGAGGGAAAAGAAAACUGGCAGUUGAAUUUAUACCUCAGCAACUUUCCAACCAUUAACCAAGGUAGCCAAGCUUUACUCCUGAACACAUUUACGUCAGUCACCUACCCAAAUGGCGUAUCUCCCCUGCUUGGACUCCAUUCAGGUGAAUCACUGAAAGUAGAGGACAUCCAGUAUAACAUAGCUGCAGAUAUGAUCCCUGCAGAUAUGGGCUAUAGGUACAUUGUACUGUCACUUGAUCUGCCUUCAGGGGUGCCUUACCAGGAUAUCAUCCGAGUCAACAAUGUUAAAGCAUGGCCUUUGGCCAUUAAGGACACCUCUCCAGGUGUUGACAUAGUAGUCACAGAGUUUGAUAUAGCUGAGGCUCAGGUGGUCGUUGAUGGUGCCACAAAUGUGUCCAUUACUGUCACUGGCAGUGUUGAUUUGGAUGAUCAAGAUCCCAGCCUUGUUAAUUCUGUCCUCUACUGGUCUUUAGAUGAUCAACUAGAUGACUCUGAUCUGGAGUCUGGACAUUGUCAUCACCAAUGGCUCUCUCAGCAUUCUACCUGACCUCUUGUUCCAACCCUCUUUACCAAGCUUCUGUGGUGCAGUCUAUGCCAUUCUACAUGUGGACAACUUUAAUCACAUAGCAGAAGACAAGGAGAUGAAUAACAUUGCUGUAGAUGAAAU